AUGGACGUCGCGACGGCAUGUCCAGACAUCCAUCAGCAUGACCUCGUGAGUUUCGGGCCCGGGCUGCUCGACUGCGGCGUAGUUGAGGCCAAGGGCGCCGCGGUGGAGGAAGACGGCACCUCUCCCCCGGUCCCCACGUUCCAUAUUCUCUGCCUCGACAACUCCACCGUGACCAAGAAGGCCAGCGACCUCACUGUGAUUGACAGGAGCUACCUGAACAUUGCCCAGGUGGUCGCUUCGGCGUCCAACGUCGGCGGCCAGAUCGGUUCCAUCACCGGCGCCACCACCAUGCUCGACCUGGUCAGGCUCGACGAGCGCGGCGAAGUGGUAGAGACCGUCAGCGGCGUGUCGCCGUCUCGCGUGCGGCGUGUCAGGCCGCUCGGCCCCGGCGACCUGGUCGUCUCCGGGCCGUGGCUCGGCCAGGUCUCCAACGUGUCCGUGGACGUCGACGUGUCGUUCGACGAUGGCGCCGUCUGCACUGUCGCCGACGCGGAGGGCAACGAGAUGCUACAAACAGUUUCGGGAUACCACUAUGAGAAAUACCUCCCUCAGAAGAACAGUCGUUUCUUCCCGGGGCAGCGGGUCGGAAGUGCUGGUAGUGUUUUCAAAGACGCCAGGUGGCUUCAUGGACACUGGAACGCCGACCGCGAUGUAGGCACCGUCGUGAAGGUGGAGAUGUCCAGCGUCCUCGUCCACUGGAUCGCGUCCACACAUUGCGGCACCGACCAGCGGCUCGUCGAGGAAUCUGCUCCUCCGGCCUACCAGAACCCUCGCGACUUGACCUUCUACUGCGUGGCUCACAACAAUUUCGGCUGGGGGCCAGCUGACCGCUGCUUCUUCACCGAGCCAGGUUCGACGCAUGGUGAUUCAUCUUUUGCCCAUGAUCCUCAACUAGAGGAGGAGGAGGAGCAACAACAUGGCGCAUGCUUGGAUAAGGUGGAGCUGCCCAUGACCGUCGCCAAGACCCGCACCUAUGUUGACGUGCUGUGGCAGGACGGCACACAACAACAUGGCGUGCCAUCGGAGUCCGUGGUCCCUUUUAACAACAUCAACGACCAAGAAUUCCUCCCUGGUUACCAUGUGGUUGACAAUGCAUCUCUUGACGGCGCAACGGUCAACGAUGACACUGCUUCAGAUGGUAGUACUAAACCGGCUAGGCGUGUUGGUGUCGUCAGGACCGUCUGUUGCAAGAACCAAACAGUAAAUGUGUCAUGGUUCAAGGCGGCGGCAUGCCCUAACGGGGCUAGGGAGGUCGAGUGCAAUGAUAUCGUGAGCGCCUAUGAUUUAGAAUUGCAUCCUGGCGACACCACUGACCUAGGAGAUACUGUUGUUCGCCUCCUUCCGUCAGGAUCAUCUGACGGUGAAACAUCAAUAGAGUCACAGAGCAAGACGGAGAAGAACGUUGCCCCCACCAAUCUUUCCUGGGUGGGAUGUGUUAUUGACCUUCCUGAUGGCCACGUGCAAGUCAAAUGGGGUGACGGUAGCAUCUCAACGGUGUUGCCCCAUGAGAUCGUCGUCGCCUAUGAGGAGGACUACAUGGAACUAAAAGAUAAAACAGAUGAGGACAGCGACACCGACUCAUCCAGCACGGACAAUGAUCCAAUGAACCCAGCAGAGGAUGGCGAUGCUGAAAGCGGCAGCGGUGAAUCCAACGAAGACGGCCUGUUACAGUCAGCGAUGUUUAAAGGCCGGUUCAGUUCUUUCGUCUGGUCUCUGAUCCGAUUGGCCUGCGAAGUGCUGUCCCAGGGUAAGGGGUUCCUGACGAUGUGGCCUCUGUCAUGGUUCCCAAUCUCGGGGUUACCUGCACCCACCAAGGAGAACAUCCGAGCACCCACCAACGCAUCCGGAGGGAAAAAGAAUGCUACAGAUGCUACCACUGAUGACCAAUCUUUCCGUUUCUCACACUUUGACGUGCUGCAGAUCCCUCCUGAUCACCAUUAUAUUGACACCGCAGAUGAGGUUAGCCGUGGAAAGAGUUGGCCUAAGACAGUACAAAAGGAAUGGAAACUUCUAGAGAAUAACUUGCCAGAGACCAUCUAUGUACGAGGGUUCGAGGACCGCAUGGAUCUUCUGCGUGCGGUGAUGGUUGGUGCGAGCGGAACGCCAUACGAGGACGGGCUCUUCUUCUUCGACCUCCAGCUGCCGUCGUCCUACCCAGCCGUGCCACCGCAGGUGUACUACCACUCCUUUGGUCUAUGCCUCAAUCCCAACCUCUACGAAUCCGGCCAUGUGUGCCUCAGCCUGCUCAACACAUGGGAUGGCGAGGGGACUGAGGUGUGGUUACCGGCCGAGUCGAGCCUCCUCCAAGUCCUUGUUUCUAUCCAGGGUCUCGUCCUCAACAACCAACCAUACUACAAUGAAGCUGGCUAUGAGACCUUGGUUGGUACACCAAAGGGCCGCCGCAACGCGUUGCCCUACGGAGAGAACGCUUAUCUUCUCACCCUCCGGAGCAUGCUCCACGUACUGCGGCGCCCGCCCCAAAAAUUCGAGGCGUUCGUCAAGGACCACUUCCGCCGUCGGGGGAGGUUCGUGCUCAGGACAUGCGAGGCAUACCAUCAAGGAUGUGUCAAUGCAAACGUCUUGGGAGACGCCAAUGCCACCAUGGUGGGUAGGGAGCAGUCUUGCUCGGUCGGGUUAAAGCUUGCUCUAGCCAACGUGAUACCAAGCCUCGUGGCGGCCUUCAUAGAGAUCGGCGCCGAGGGGUGCGAAGAGUUCCAAAAGAUGAGAGUCUCGUUGACACAAUCUCUCAACGCCACUCAAUAG